AUGACGCUCCACAAAGCCCACACACACCACCCCUCAAGACCAGUUACUGUCCUCGGGGCGGGUAUUCUAGGUCGUCGGAUCGCGGCCGUCUUUCUUGCUGGCUCUUACACCGUGCAUCUUUUCGAUCCUGAUCACAAUGCUCUCUCCGCUGCUGAGUCAUUUAUCAAAUCCUCUGGCGAGGCAUUCACUGUACUGACGCCUUUGCCGCAUCCUGAGCGGGGAAAGCUAUCGCUUUUCUCUGAUAUGAAGAGUGCGGCUGAGAACGCGUGGCUAGUCAUCGAGGCAGUUCCAGAGCAGCUCCCUCUCAAGAUCAAGAUUUUUGAGGAAAUGGAUAGACAUACACCCGGGGAUUGUAUUCUCGCGUCAAAUUCAAGUUCGUUCAAGUCAAGGCUUAUGGUUCCUGGUUUGAGUGAGGAGAGGAAGAAGAGAGUGAUGAAUGUACAUUUCAUGAUGCCGCCGGAGAUGCGACCAGUAGAGGUGAUGACCUGUGGUUCGACUGAAGAGGAGGUGAUGGCUGAAAUGAUGGAGGUGUUGGAGAAUUGUGGGAUGUGUCCGUUUAUGGUGCGAAAGGAAAGUACCGGGUUUGUAUUUGGCCGUGCUUGGGCAGCCAUCAAGCGAGAGAUCCUGAGUAUACUGGCUGAAGGAGUUAGCACCCCCAAUGACAUUGACCUACUAUGGAAGGAAGUUUUUCAGCGCCCAACGAGUGGCCAGCCGUGUCAGCUGAUGGAUCAGGUUGGCUUGGACACUAUUGCAGCUAUCGAGGAGAACUACAUCCAGGAAAGGGGGCUGUAUGGGGACAAAACGGUUGAUUGGUUACGUGAGAACUAUAUCAACAAAGGGCGAUUGGGUGACAAGUGCGAGUCCGGUGGGUUGUAUCCCGCCGAGCAGGACAGCAUGUCUGAGAAGCUUUAUGUCUUGGAUGUUGGUAUCGGGGAUAAUAACGCACUGCGUGAUGCGAGGACAGCAGGUCGUAUUCUCGCAGUUUCCCCGAAGAGUGGAAAAAGAACUACCCUUGUCAGUGGAUUGUCUUAUCCAGAUGGAAUUGAUGUUUCUCCUUCUUGUGGGCGGAUGUUCUGGACUAGCAUGGGGCACGCUUUCUCUGCCUGUGACGGGUCUGUGCAGUCGGCUAAGCUCGAUGGGAGUGAUGUUCGCACGCUCCUGAAGCCCGGGACGGUAUAUACGCCAAAGCAGCUCAUUGUCGACGAUGUGGAUCGGAAGUUGUAUUUCUGCGAUCGCGAGGGAUUAAGUGUGCACCGGUGCAAUUUUGAUGGAACUGAUCAUCAGAUACUGAUUCAAACUGGGUCGUUGAAAGUCCCAUCAGAAAGGAAAGAUAUGAUGCGGUUUUGCGUGGGUGUGGCCCUUGAUCGGGGGAAUAGACAUAUUUACUGGACCCAGAAAGGGCCGAGCAAAUCUGGAAAGGGAAGAAUAUUUCGUGCGGGGAUCGAUAUUCCUGCUGGGCAAACAGCCAACAACAGAGCUGAUGUUGAGUGUCUGCUUGAGGGACGUCCGGAACCGAUUGAUUUGGAGUACGAUACGCAGACGCAAAUGCUCUACUGGACGGAUCGCGGUGAGCAUCCUAUGGGGUGCUCCCUGAAUCGGGUUGAUCUUAGUGGCGAUAUUGAUAAAGAGACAAUAGGGGAGAAGGUGGAAAUACUCGCGAGACAGUUCCAUGAGCCUAUUGGAUUGAAGCUGACGAAGAAUGGGGUUUAUGUCACCGACUUGGGUGGAUGUGUGUAUCUGGUAAGCGGGACGAAGAAGACGGUGGUAACCCAGGGAGAAGGAUGUUUCUCAGGACUUGCUAUACUGCAAUAG